AUGAACAUCAUGAACAACGUUCAGAAACCAUUUAACGGAGAACCUGGAAGAAUCCACGUGAAUUACGAAAAGUUCGACGGAUACGACGAUGAUGACGACCGAAACGACGAUGGUGGUAAUGGUGAUGAUAGAAGUAGCGAUGAUCACCACCACCGUCGCCCGGGUGGCCGCGCUAAUGACGUGGCGAGUAGCAGUCGGGAUAGAAAUAGUUUUGGUAUUCUCAAACGUCUGAAGCGUUGGAAGGUGCACAAGUUGGAAUUGUGCAUUGAUGAUGUUCAGACAUACGACUCUGGGACGUACACAUGUCUGGUACAUGCUAAACACGGCGCGCAACUCAUGUCUGUAGACCAUGAUGUCAUCGUGGAAACCACGCCUCUUCUCGUUCUGCUGACCAAUAGUGACAUCAACGUUUCCAGACUGACCAAUGCUUCACAAGAUCGCCUCAUUCAACUGACCAAUAGUCGUUUAGAAUACACACUGGACGGCAACGGAAACACUUCUACCCUUACGCACAUUGGCUGUCUAAUAAUAGGCCAUUCAUCCUCACCGCGAAUCAAAAUGAUUUUCGGGAAAAUUGAGGUUCUGUCAAAUUUAACUUUCAGCCAAUCACUGAUCAGCCAUACCGGUGAAUUAGGGCUACGCCAAUUCACGUACGCUACGUGGGCGGGGCUCAAAAAUUAUCAACCAAUAAGAGGGCACGACGGCUGCCACGUGACUUGCACCGUGUAUUCGGUGGACGGAAGGUUUUCCUCGGCUACAGCUGUUAUCGACGUUAAAUACCCGCCGCAGUUCCAAUGUUUCAACCUGACAAACCUAACCAACAACAACGACAUCAACAACAUCAACAACAACGACAUCAACAAUGAUUUUACUAGUGAUAGAAACUUAGGAAAACUUGACAGAAAUAUUGCCUUAGAAAACGACGACAGCCACAGAAACGCAAACGCCACCAACAGCAACAACGCCAACUACACGGCACAAGUCAGCAGUUCGCACAAUCCAAACGAAACUUGA